ACAGGCAUUCCUGUAACUAUGUUAUAUACUCCCUAAACUAAAUCAAAUCUAUCAUAGUCAUAUUCUGAACUGGCAUCUGUUUUUGUAACCUGUAAAAUUAGGCAGACAGAAAAAUAUAAUUUAUUUGAUUCUAAGUAGAAGCCAUUAGUGUAAAUUUAGUGUAAAUUUCUUUGUAAAUUGUUAGGCAAUACAAACUCAAAAAACGGUAACUUUGGUGUCCUUUCUGGGUGAACUUGUUACCAUACACUAAGAUUUGAAGGAGUUACAACCAUCUUCAUUUUUUUAGUAGGCUCACAUGCUGGAUUUGAUUUGAUUUCAUUGAACUUAACAUAUGUAGUUGCAUAGUCACAAUUGAUCCUAAAAAGAUUGAUUACAAAAUGCAUGUGUUGUAAUGAAUAAUACUUUCUAUACCUAGAGGAAAAUAUACAGCAUUACAUUCAUUAUUCCAAAUAUAUUAGCUUUUUCCUUGACCUGUGAUUUGUAUGCAGUUCUAGCACAUUGUAGAACAGAGUUAAUAGAAGUAUUUUACAAACUCCUUAAAAGACCAAGAAAACAGGAAAAAGUUAUAUCUAAUUUAAAUAUCAUUAAAAUUAUUUUAAUGCUAUCUUAUUUUGCAAUACAAACUUUUGUUUUAGGUUCUUGAUCCUCGAUAUGGUAUGUAUGUUUGGCCUUGCGCUGUGGUUUUGGCCCAGUAUAUCUGGUUUCAUAGAAGACUUCUCUUUGGCAAAAGAAUACUAGAGAUUGGAGCAGGUGUGAGCCUACCUGGAAUAGUGGCAGCAAAAUGUGGAGCAGAAGUAAUAUUAUCAGAUAAUGCAGAUUUCUCAGAGUGUUUGGACAACUGCCGAAGAAGCUGCCAGAUGAAUAAUCUCUCUGGGAUAUGUGUUAUAGGACUUACCUGGGGUCAUGUAUCACCCUGUUUGUUGAGUUUAGCCCCAGUUGACUUUAUUUUGGGAGCGGAUGUACUUUUUGAACCAGAAGACUUUGAAGAUGUUGUAAGUACAGUGCACUAUUUAAUGGAAAAGAAUACUAAUGCUCAAUUUUGGACUACUUACCAAGUCAGAAGUGCCAACUGGUCUAUUGAAGGAUUACUAUAUAAAUGGGAGAUGGAAAGCACACACGUGCCAUUGCAGUCAUUUGAAGCCACCAAGGAACAACUUGCAGGAUCUUCUCUUCCAGGGAUGCACACUAUUCAAAUGAUGGUUAUCAGUAGAAAAAAAAAUAAAGGACUGAAAACUUAAGAAACAUUCCUAAUGGAUUUUAAUGAAAAUGCAUCAAUUGCUUAUCUGAGUUCCAUAUCACCUGACCACCAUUGCAUACAAAUCAGUUUAUUCUCAGCAUUUUUAAAAAGUAAUUUUAUUCAUUGUUCAUGCCGACACUAAUUCUGCUGCAUGUUUCCUUUGAAUUAAGAAUAUAUACACAUUUCACAGGAAUACCAAAAAUGUGACUUGAGCCUACAAUGUUUUAAAAACAAUCUUUGUUAUAUAGGAGUUAAGUCCCAUUAACUAGGACUUAUAGGAAUGAAUUUGCUGGAUGAGUUUUCCUUAAAUUGCAAACUAAUAUGAUCUGUCCUAGUCUAACAGACAAAACUGACUCAAACCAUCAGUUU